GGUGUACAGCGCCCCCCUGUGGGGAAAAGCUCAAAGGGUUCAACACGAAGGAGGAAGGAGACAGAACUUUGUGAUAUCAAGUGAAACAUGUUGCAUUGUGGGUUUGGGACUUUUAAAUUGACAUGAUUUACUCUCUGAAAAACUUCCUGUUUGUAAACAGAAUGAUAAUGUAACGAUCUGAUGAAGGAUGUGGAUCAUUGAGAAGGUGUGUGUGUGUGUGUGUGUGUGUGUGUGUGUGUGUGUGUGUGUGUGUGUGUGUGUGUGUGUGUGUGUGUGUAUGUGUGUGUGUAUAUUUGUGUACAUAUCUAUGUAAUAUUAUUUAUUUAUUAUUUUGUUUUUUUGUUGUGUGUAAUUUUUCUUUUUUCACAUAUAAGUUUAAAAUGUACUUUAGUGAAAUCUCCAGUCUCUCUGAAUGUCAGUCCAAACCUUCAGCAGUUCUUCGGUGGAGACUCAGACUGAGUUGUGGUGAAGACGGACGGACAACAGGACAGACAGGUGGACAGACAGGUGGACAGACAGGAGGACAGACAGUGAACAGGACCAGUGGAGGACAGACAGGUGGACAGACAGGUGGACAGACAGUCAAGAGGACCCGUGGAGGACAGACUGGUGACUGUGGUUCAGGAUCUGGGACCUCUGAUGGUUCCUCCUGCAGAGUCUCAGGUCUCUCCCAGUCAGACUCUGGAGUUUACUGGUGUGAGACCAGUUCAGGAGAGACGAGCCUCCAGGUCAACAUCAGUGUGACAGGUCGUGUGAUCCUGGAGAUUCCUGCACUUCCUGUGAUGACAGGAAGUGAUGUCACUCUGCGCUGUAGAGCAAGAGAUAAGAGCAGACAAGAGGCUCAUUUCUUCAGGGAUGGUGUCCCCCUUAGAUCUGACUCUGAUGGAGAAUAUAAGAUCAGUGGAGUCCAACAGUCUCAUGAAGGUUUUUACUCGUGUUCUACUGCUGCGCUUGGAGAGUCUCCUCGGAGCUGGCUGAGGGUCAGAGAUCCUCCUCCUCCUUCAUCUCCUCUUCCUUCAUCUCUUCCUUCAUCUCCUCCUCUUCCUCCUUCUUGUCCUCCUCCUUCAUCUCCUCCUCCUCUUCCUCCUUCUUGUCCUCCUCCUUCAUCUCCUCCUCCUCCUCCUCCUCCUCCUUCCUUCGUGGUCAGACUCUUGUGCCACCUGCUGGUCUUCUGUCCUUACUGCAUCUGUACUGGUCUGAUUCUCUCCAUCUGCUGCAGCAGGAAGACAGGAAACAAAGCGGCCGUCUCCAUGGAGAUGACCCAGCCUGUUGGAGGAGGUCAGGGGUUGGAUGAGGACUAUGAUGACAUCACUGCUGAUGUCACCACUGAGCAUGAGUUCUGAGCAGCAGAGUGUAGUUGUGUAAUAACGGGUGAGAGUGAUGAUGAAGUGGAUCAGGUCUCUGAACCUCCGUCUCUCUGAUGAUCACAUCUGUUCGAGCUUUCACUGUCACGUCCUCUAAACUCCUUGUUGUCACUGCUUCACACUGUGUGUUGGACUCCAUCAGAGCUGCAGCCUCUUUUCUUCUUGUCCUCGUCAUGGUUCAGUCCCUCUGAGGACAGCUGACUGAUAUCAGUGUCCCCUCUGUGUCCUUCUGCUCUCAUGUCUCAAUAAAGAAUCUGCUCAUCAUUUUA